AUGGCGGCGUCUCUUCUCUCCCCUGCAAAUCCUUUCCUGUCGCUGAGCCCCCCCUCCAGGACCCACCUCCCAGUUUGCUGUCCGGGGAGCAGCCAAGAGCACAGAGUGCAGUGUUGUUGCACAGAGGAAGGGGCCUGCACCAAGCUGGACGAAGACAUCCUGGAUAUCCCACUAGACGAUCCUGACGCCAACGCAGCAGCAGCCAAAAUCCAGGCUAGUUUCCGUGGUCACAUGACUAGGAAGAAGAUAAAAGGGGGCGAAAUAGACCGCAAAAGCAAGGACCCCGAGUGUGCGAGCAGCACCCGUGUAGGGGACCUACGCAACGGAGACUAG